AUGGCUAUGUCCCAAGCAGCUCUCAAGGCUGAGCAGGCUAUCGGCCACGGCGACAAUGCCACCACCGCGCAGAAUGUUACCAACCCUGAUAUCGCGCCGGGUGCCGCUGGCGAAGGCAAGAUGAAGGCGCUUGCGUGGAUGGGCAAGAACAAGGUCGAGAUGGUCGAGGUGUCAAAACCGAAGAUUAUGGAGCCAAGAGAUGUUAUCUUGAAGAUUACGGGCUCGACCGUGUGCGGAUCGGAUCUUCAUCUGCUGCAUGGAACUGUCGUGGAAUUGCAGAAGGGCGAUAUCCUGGGCCACGAAUUCUGUGGUGUUGUGGAUGAGGUUGGUAGUGAAGUUACCAAGUUCAAGAAGGGGCAACGCGUGGUAGCCUCCUUCCAGAUCGCCUGCGGCGACUGUUACUACUGCAAGCAGAAGCUCUCCUCGCAAUGCGAAAAGACGAACUCGAAUACCAUCGAAAACGCCAUGUAUGGUGGUCGUACAGCUGGCAUGUUCGGAUACUCCCAUUUCACCGGUGGCUUCGCCGGCGGCCAGUCAGAGUACACGCGUGUGCCAUACGGCGAUGUCAACCUCCUUCCUCUCCCCGACAACGUCCCCGACGAGGCCGGCUUAUAUCUCUCCGACGUCCUCUGCACGAGCUGGCACGCGGUCGUUGAUACAGGUGUGAAGAAGGGCGACGUGGUCGCCAUCUGGGGCGCCGGACCCAUCGGACAAAUGGCAGCAGAUUUCUCGCUCAUCAACGGAGCCUCACGCGUCAUCAUGAUCGACCAGAACUGGCGACUGGAGUACGUCAAGGAGCGCUACCCCAACAUCGACACGCUGGACUUCUCCGCCCUCAGCAAAGGCGAGAGCGUCACUAGCAAGCUCAAGGAGAUGUGCAACAACCGCGGUCCAGACGUCAGCAUCGAAUGCGCAGCCGGCGAGUACGCAAAGGGCUGGGCGCAUUACUUCGAGAUGAUGCUCGGUCUGGAGACGGACACUUCCGAGCUCAUCAAUGAGAUGAUCACCUCCACUCGCAACUUCGGCCGCUGCGGUAUUACCGGUGUAUACGUUGGCUUUACCAACCACUUCAACAUCGGGUCCCUGAUGGAGCGCGGCAUCCGCCUCAUCGGCAACGGCCAGGCACCCGUCCACCUCUACUGGGAGUCCCUCCUGAAGAUGAUCCAGGAUAAGCAGAUCGACCCGCUCAAGAUGGUGUCGCACCGCGUCAGGCUUGAGGACCUCGACAAGGUGUACUACAAGUUCGAGGACAAGGCGGACGGCAUGCAGAAGGUGUUUGUGGAGACGAAGUUCAGCUUCCCCGCAUGCGAGGGCAGCCCUGAGCUGAAGAGAUUCUAG